CAAACACAUUGAACAAAAAUAUCAGUUUGAGUUUGCUGAAAAUGUUCUACUUUAUUAUUGUAAUAUGUAUUUACUCUCCGCGCAUUAAUGCAGCAUCAACACUUGGUACUGACAUCGCAAGUUUAUAUACAAAUUUAUUUGAAACACAGAACUAUAUGAAGGUUGUGCGUCCGAGUAUCGACCAGACUUUUUCUACGUUGGUAACCAUAGACUUGCACGUUAUUGGAAUAAACGGAAUAGAUGAACUGUCCCAAAAGCUUGCAACGACGGCUUAUUUGUCUGUACACUGGUUGGACCAAUACUUGACAUGGACACCAAUGUUCUACGGUAAUGCAUAUCACAUUAAAGUACCUCAAGAUGAUGUCUGGAAACCAGACCUUACUUUGAAAAAUGGAUUUACCAAACUGACAGAACUUGGAAGCUCAGUGAUAUAUGUUGACGUUCAGAGUACCGGAGAUGUGGGUUGGUAUCCAUUUGAAGUAUUUGAAAGUAAAUGUGAAAUAGACAUAACAUAUUUUCCGUUUGACAGACAAGCAUGUAAUCUUAUAUUUGUGGCAUGGUCAACUAAAAAUUUCUCGAUUGACGUACAAUUAGGAGACAAAGGUGUUGUUUUACAGGAUUACGCUGAUGACAAUGCCGAGUGGACAAUUAUAUCGACUUCAGCAUCUCAAUUGUCUUCAGAUUCGGUACCAAAAGUUACAUUUACAUUAAAUCUCCAACGAAACGCUGGAUUCUAUGUCACAAACAUUAUCGUUCCUGUUAUUCUCCUUGGUAUUCUUAACUUUUUCACAUUUGUACUUCCGGCAGACAGUGGCGAAAAGAUGGGAUAUUCUAUAACCGUAUUUUUAGCGUUUACUGUUUUCCUGACAAUUGUGAGUUCGGAGCUACCGAAAACAUCUGGUUCGAUGUUAGGAUACUAUCUGAUUUUUCAGCUAGGAAUGGGUAUAUUUGUAGUGUGUGCAACUGCCGUAGAAUUGAGACUUCAUCACAAGAAAAGCCCUGUCCCAAAUAUCAUCAGAAAAAUGGUUAAAUGGCAUUGCAAGUUUAAAGGCGUUGAUGUGUGUAAAUCGGGAAAUUGCAAUGGGAACAGAAAUGAAGUCGAACCUUUUGACAAGGAACGGAUGUCGGAAGACGAUAUCAACUGGAUUGAUGUUACUUCUCUCUUCGAUUUUGUUCUAUUUUGGUUUUCCUUUGCACUGAAUCUGAUUGUAACUACCACAAUCAUAGCCAUCCUUGUAUCAUCGAGAAAAUAAAUUCAGAAUGUAUUUAUACGCUUAUUGAUUCAAUAUGUCAAUGCUAUUCUUCUUUUCUAUACAAUGUGACAUUUAUAUGAGUUAUAUAAAUAAUUAGA